UCUGACAGUCAGAGUCAACGUCUAUUCGACACAAUGAAUGGUCCGGAUUCGGCCUGUCAUCCUGUGACGCAGCGAGUCCACCGUCGAGUUAUCUUUUUCCCACACAUCAAACACUUUCUAGAACCGGAUCCCAAGUAAGUACAUCCUAGUAGAGCGGCAAAGCGGUCGUGUUCUGAUCCUCAAAAAACCCUAAAGCUUAAACCCUUCAAAAAGUUCCAAAACCCUAAAAGCUCUCACCGCAAGAAAUCUCAAUUUAUUGUUUUUUUUGUCUCUCUAGAAUCUUCGUCUGCUGGGGAGAUGGAUAUGGAUACUCUUCGCUCGGACGCCGUCGUUUUGGAGGGCUUUCUCUGCUCUGUAGUGGUUGAGACGGCCAUUGUCGCUGCCAAGUCUCUUGCUUGCUCGCUCUUGAUGAUGGGCGUUUUGCCAAAUGGAAUUGACGUCUUCGCCAAAGAGCCCGACACAUUUGGAGGGUUUCCAGUCUCUGAGCUGCAUGCAGUGAAAAAACCUGGCCCCGAGAACAAAGAUGGCAGUGAUACAGAGGAUGAUGAAGAUGAGGAUGAUGAUGAUGUUGCUGCUGAUGAAGAGGAUGGUGAUGGAGACAAUGACGAUGAUGAAUCUGGUGAUGAAGGUCAAGAUGAAGGGGAUCCUGAAGAUGAGCCUGUGGCCAACGGUGGAGGUGGAGGUGGAGGUGAUGGUGGAAGCGAAGAUGAGGAUGAUGAUGACGACGAUGAUGAUGGGGAAGAGGACGAAGAUGAAGAGGAUGAGGAAGAAGAAGAUGAAGAAGAUGAGGAAGACGAGGUGCCUCAGCCACCUGCGAAGAAGAGAAAAUAAAUCUUUUUUCCUCUUUCUUUUUUACUUUGGCAUCUUUGUUGGGUUGUGGGGAGGUUGGGAUAGUAAAGGUCAAGCAUGGAAGGAUUCAGGUUGUCUGUCAACAUGGACUAGAGAAAUAUGCAGUUCUAAUAAACUUCAUUAUCUUUGUAA